AUGGCGAGCAGAAGGUCGUCCGACGCAGGUGUGAAAGCAAUGGAGGUCGAGAGCGAGGGCCAUGAGCGCGUCGAGAGCAGCACCGCGCAGCAGCGGGAGUCCGAGCGCGAGCAGAGCCCACAGGCAGCGAAGGUGCGCAAGGUGGCGGCGGCGGUGGAGCGGGAGGUGACGGCGGUGGCGCCGAGACAGGCGUCGCGGCCUGCGAGAGGCGUGCCGACCGCGGCGAGGGCCGCGCAGCCGGGCGAGAAGUUCCAGCCGCUCCACCAGAAGCCCGCGAGCGCGUUGAAUGUGCACGCGAAGGGCGUCGGGAGCGUGCACAAGAGUCUCCACAAGGCGAUGUUCAAGAAGGCGCUGCCGUCGCAGCAGCUCAAGGACAAGUUCGCCUCGCCCACGGACAGCAUGCUUUCGCCGUGCACGCAGAAGUUGAACCAGCACAAGUCGCGCUUGUUCAAGGCGGCGGUGAAGCCGACACGGUUGAACUUUGCGCAGGCGAAGGCGGACAGCGACGAGGAGUUGGAGGACGUCUAG